AUGGGGUUUUUCAAUCGGCUGCGUAUGACAGACACUCCUAAAGAAGUCUUUAACCGCCGCCUCUUUUGGUCUGUUGGAAUCUUCGGUAUCCUUGGGGCGGGCAGAGGAAUCGAUGAGGGCCUCGUUGGCGGCAUGAUCUCGCUCAAAAGCUUCAAAAGCGAGUUUCCAUUAGAAGUGGGCUCUGCGUCGGAGAUCGCGAACCGCGAAUCAAAUAUCACUAGUAUGUUGCAGCUUGGAUCAAUAGGCGGCGCACUGCUAGCGUUUCUUCUGUGUGAUCGAAUCGGCCGUGUAAGAACACUGCAGGCCCUCACCCUGAUAUGGGCCCUUGGCUUUGUGAUCGUCAUUACUAGCUUCGGCAACAUCGGACAGAUUCUUGCCGGCCGCUUGAUCGCCGGCAUCGGCGUUGGUAUGACCACGGUGGUUGGCCCGACAUAUUUAGCAGAGGUUGCUCCGAAGGAGAUUCGUGGUAUGUUGACCAAUAUCUUUGCCGGCGCCGUGUACUUCGGUGUCAUGAUUGCCUAUUUUGCAAAUUGGGGCUGCUCUGUGAACAUCUCCGAUUCUUCUCGGUCCCAAUGGGUAAUUCCACAAUCUGUUCACAUCAUGUUUGCAGGAAUUAUCUUCCUUGCAUCUUGGACCGUUCCUGAGACUCCUCGCUACCUUGCCAUGAAGGGAAGGUAUGAACAAGCUCUUAAUAAUCUCUGCAUACUACGUCAACUGUCAUCCGAUCAUCCAAGCAUCGUGUCUGAGAUGCUCGAGGUUCGCGAUCAACUAGAGAGCGAACAGGAAAGCAGCCGUGGAUCUUCAUUUUGGGGGAAAUUGAAGGAACUUGUCACGAUCCCAGCGAAUCGCUACCGCUUGAUGCUGGGCGUGAUGUCGCAACUGCUCGGGCAAUGGUCUGGCGCGUCGGCGAUUACCAUUUAUGCAACCAGCUUUUUCGCAGCGCUUGGAAAAACGGGCCAAAGCGAAAAACUUUUCGCCACGUGCAUCCUAGGCAUUGUCAAGUUUGUCUCCGCCUAUAUUUCCGCAUUCUUCCUCAUUGAUUUCCUCGGCCGUCGUCGCUCCCUUUACACAGGAAUCAUCUUGCAGGCCCUUACCAUCUGCUACAUGGCCAUUUACCUGGCUAAAGUUCCUGCGUCGGUCCAUGUCGGCGAUGAUGGUGCAAGUGCGAUAACGGGCUCUGCCAAACGUGCGGGCAUUGGCGCAGUCGCAGCAAUCUAUCUCUCUGGCUUUGGCUGGGCAAUCGGCUGGAACUCGUUCCAAUAUUUGGUCAACGCGGAGAUUUAUCCCAGUCGACUGCGCGCGCUGGGCUCGUCAAUUGUGAUGUGCACCCAUUUUGCGAAUCAAUUCGGUAAUACCAAGGCUGUUCCCAGCAUGAUCAUUGCAAUGACCAACUACGGCUUUUUUGUAUUUUGCACGGCGGUUUGUGUUGUGGGCCUUCUCUGGGUUUGGUUCUUUGUCCCUGAAACUGCAGGAAGAAGCCUUGAAUCGAUGGAGACAUUGUUCGAUCUACCUUGGCAUCAGAUCGGUCGUCAUGGGAAACACCUUGCUCCUGAUGGGAUUGAUCACUUUGACGAGAAUGACAGAGAGAAAGCCGCUGCAGUUCACCAGGAGUAG